AUGUAAGAUAGUUAAAACCUUAAGGAUUUACAGAUUUAACUCAAUAGAUUUAUUAGUAGGCUAGAAGAAUUAGAAAGAGAAAAUAAAUACUUAAAGGAAUAGGUUUUAAAUUAAUAAUGUUAAUUGAUGUAAAAUGUAAAAAUAAUAGAUGCAAAAUAUUAAAAAAUACAUCGUAAGUAAAUUAAAUAAAUUAAACUAAGAUAUUUGAAAUGUCUAUAUAAAUAUGGGAUGUCUUAAAGUUGUCUAAAUAAUAUGAUUACACAAUAUAAUAAAUUAUUAGAUAAAUUUGGUAUAGAUGACACUAUUAAAAUGGAUUUAAAAAGUUGUAUUCAAAAAUAUGGUAUUAUUUAUGAAAAGAAUAAAAUAAUUGAUGAAGAAGAGAUGAAGAAUAUAAUAAAUGAGAGAAUUUCAAAAGAAAGUGAGGAAGUAUACACAUUAUUCUUUCCAACUAAAGUAUAUCAAUACUUAACAGAUAAUGAUUCAUUGUAUUAAUGCAUAGUAUUAUAUGUAGAUAAAAUACUAGUACUUUUUAAUCAUUACAAUCACAAAGGUUUAGAAUGUAAAAUUCAUUAUAAAAUAAUUCAGAAAUGAUUACAGAUAAUUCUGAUGAUACAAUAAUCAAUAAUUUAACAACUUAAAGAUAUUUAGAAAAGUUACAAUUUGAUUAUUAGAAUGAUCAAACUUUACAUUAUCCAAAAACCUUUAAAGUUGAAAAAUUAUUAUAAUAAACAAAUCGAGAUCUAAGUUUAUAAAAUAUUACAGAAAGAUCACAAAAAUCAAAAUUUGAUAGAAGAGGAGAUAAUAAAUAAGAAUAAUUCAAAAUAUCACCCUUAAAAUCAUUGAAUUAAUCAGGGAUAGAAGAUAGAUUGAAAAGAUUUGAAAAUUAAGAGAAUGAAGGGGGAUGUCCAAGAAGAAGAUCUAGAGCAGAUAGAAUUAAAUAGUAAUAAUGA